UGGAGAGAGAGAGAGAGGGGGCCAGUACAUUGAGACUAGAGAGAGAGAGAGCGUGUAUAGUGUAGAGAGGGAAUAGACACUCGACAGAGUACGACGACAUCGCUGUCUUCUCUCUCUUUCCUCCUAUACAUAUAUAUCAACACCACCAUUUCAAGCCACUGAUAUCGUCCAACUUUCUGAACAGUCUCGGGGCUCCGAGCCCCGAAAAUACAGGGAAUGUACUCUACGAUUCGUUCACUUCCGCAAGAUGGUAGCUCCGGCCACAGCGAGUUCCACGGGUCCCUUGAUGGGUCGAACGUGCCGGGCGAUUCGUGCUUGAUGAUGACCAUGGAUCCGAAGCCCCGGCUCCGGUGGACCGCGGAGCUCCAUGAGAAAUUUGUGGAUGCGGUCACUCAGCUCGGUGGCCCUGACAAAGCAACACCUAAGACAAUUAUGAGAACAAUGGGGGUAAAAGGCCUCACUCUUUAUCAUUUGAAGUCACAUCUUCAGAAAUAUCGGUUGGGAAAGCAAUCUUGCAAGGAGUUAAUAGACAACUCUAAAGACGCAUCUUGCAUUGGAGAGAUUCAGAACACUGCUUUAUCUACAUCAUCGUCAUCACAAAUGACCUCACAAGAUUUAAAUGAUGGGUACCAGGUUACUGAGGCUUUGCGAGUACAGAUGGAAGUUCAGCGAAGACUACAUGAACAGCUGGAGGUUCAGCGCCAUCUCCAACUUCGCAUUGAAGCUCAAGGCAAAUAUCUGGAGUCAAUUCUUGAGAAAGCAUGUAAAGUUCUCGAUGACCAGGCUGCGGCCUCUGCUGGGCUUGAAGCUGCAAGGGAAGAGCUAUCCGAGUUGGCUAUUAAGGUUUCAAACAAUUGUAUGGCAGCCGUUGGGACCCUGAAAAUGCCUUCAUUGUCUGAAGUAGCUGCAACUCUGGAGAACAGCAUCCCUGCCCGGAUUGGUGAUUGCUCUGUUGACAGCUGCUUGACCUCAAAUGGAAGCCCGGUUUCUCCAACGGGUGUGAGUGCACAGGCUGCUGCUGCUAUGAAAAAGAGGCCGAGGCCUUUCUUUGGUAACGGAGACUUUUCUCCUCUGGACAGCAACAUCCGGCAAAUGGAGUGGAUGAUGACUAACAUUGGAUGAGUAGAUGAAGAUGGACGUUUCUGUCUAAAAUUGAACUGUUGAUUUUCCCUCUCUUUAUUUAUCAUUUUCUAUUUUGUAUAUUCUCAAAGCAGAUUAUGUGAAUUUGGAAUACCUUGUCAGUUUUGCUUUUGGAAAGUUAAAUUUUGCAUUAUGCCAUCAGCAAAUAUCAAGUUUCUCUGGUUCAGUUCUGUCAAAACAGUUGUCAAGUUGUGUUUAGAGAACUAAAAAUUGAAACGCUGAAUAAAAAAUAUCAUUUUGUUUUUUUUAGUA